AUGGCCGAGAAGCCAUCAAGCCCUGCAUUUGACCUUGCAGAGUUAGUGUUGUGUUCAAUAUGUCUGGAAAGUUUUAAGGAUGCAAGAGCGCUGCCUUGUCUUCAUUCUUACUGCAAAAAAUGUUUGGAAGGUCUUGUCACACCUCAAGGAAAGCUAACAUGUCCACAUUGCAGAAAGGAAGUUGAUGUAAGUCAAGGAGCAUAUUACAGUAAAGGUGAUGUAAAGUCCAUAAUGUAAACAAACGCUAUGUUUACAUUUUGAACUCACUGCUACAGUUGUAAAAUAUGAUUAGAUAUAUAUUAUACUGAAUUUUUAACACUUUUCUGGUUUGUUAUGCUUGUAAGUGGAUACAGACUAGAGAUUCAAUUCAAGAAAGUUCGGAAAGAGCGAAAUAUUAACAACAUUCCAAAGGUUGCUCCCCCACUGAUGGAAUGUUUUGAUGCGCAGAAUAUAUGCGCAGAACGGACUUUACCACAUCUUUAAGAGUUUUAAAUCCUCACAAACUCGCCAAAACGUGAUCUUAUUAGCAAAUACAUAUUUACCUGUGGCUGUGACUAACCUUGUUGUUUUAAUUUUCCUGUAAAUUAUUUAGGGGUCAGGCCUUGUAUAUUAUCUACAUGUAAUGCAAUCUCUUGCAUCAUCCUCUGCAAGACGAAAUCUUUUCCAUAAAGCCUGCCACACACAAGAGAAACUAGCUGAGCUAACUGCCUUGUGUGGCGGAUAUUGUAAGCUUUGUGCUGAACUGCUUGAAUUAACUAGCCAAUGAGAACCCAUGGUCUCUUCGUGUGACUGGUAAAACUGGAAGAAAUGCAAACAAUCUUAUCAAUGCUGUCGCAUAAUUUUCCUAACAUGUGCGAUGAAAAUGCAUAGCUGAGCUAGCUGCCACACAAGGCAGUUACAUUAGUUCAGCAAGUCUCUCUUGUGUGCAACUAAAUCUCAAUAAUCCCAUUACUUCAUUUUAUCUAUUGGCUUUCCUAUUCUUUGAUGCUCUCUUUUGCAUUUUUGCUUCUCUUUUCUAUUUCAGCUUUGCUAAGCCUCUUGUUCAUUUUGUAGGUUCCCAAUGGUGAUGUUUCGAACCUGAAUCCAAAUUUCAUUGUGAACGAUGUAGUUGAUGCCUUGAAUUUCACAGGCGAUUUAGCUCCAACUAACGAUGUGGCUCCAACUGCUUCAAGAAAUGAGACUACUGGCACUUCAUGCUGCACAGAUCACCCUGAGAAAGAAUGCGAACUGUUCUGCCGAAAUUGUUCGAAACUGAUCUGUUAUAAAUGCGUCUCAAACUGGGGUACUUGUGGCCAACAUUCAUACGAAAGCAUUGAUACAGUUGCUAAAGAGUAUCGAAAGAAUGUUGAAGAUUUCUUGCAGAAAAAAGAAGCCAUGUUACCAUCUGCCGUCAAACAUGUUGAAGUUCUUACCAAGAUGAAAGUAAAGCAAUCGGAAAAUGUUGCUGAUGUUACCCAACAGAUUUCAGAUACUUUUGCGAAGCAUGUAGAAAGCCUGAAAAAGAGGGAAGAGGCAUUGAUCAAACAAGCUAUUGAUAUGCAUUCGAAAAACAAUGAUGGUCUUUCUUACGAAGUGGAUCGAGUUCGGUUAGAGCAAGCAAAAAUACAAAAUACAAUUCAUUUUUGUAACACGAUUCUUGAUCAUGACCCUGCUCUGUUUUUACAAGAGUACACUCAGGUUAAGGUUUGUAUGAAAAAAAUACUGUAUGGGUUCGUAAUGUAUCGUGCAAGUUUGACCAUUUUCCUGAUGCAUGCUACUAACUUGGCGAAGGACCGUUCUUGAUCAGAAUAUAGCAAACUUUGCAAUAUUUACUUUUUAUAUUCUUGCCAUUUUUUCACCUGCACAGGUAUCUCAAGCAGGUUCUCAGGAAUUGGUGUCAAACAUUGACAUGGCUGCUUUAUGUUUCCAAGCGACAGAUUCGUUGUUGACUGACGUGAUAUCAAAUUUUGGAAAUGUUGUUGCAUAUGACCAAGACUAUGAAGCCGAAGAGAAGAUGGCCGGAGCGGGGAGACCUCCAUUGAAACCUACUAGAUUGCCAACCUCGGACAAACCUGCUAAUGAACUGAGACCUACUAACGAACUGAGACCUACUAAUGAAUUGAGACCUGGUAACGAACCAGGACCUGCUUAUGAGCCAUUUCCUGCUAACGAACCACAACUUGCAAGAUGUGUUGUACAGCGUGCACAUAGUGAACCUGGUGCAGGAGCCUCUGCCAAACCUGUAACCUGGAAGCUUCAUAACAAAAACCUGGCUGGCCCACAUGUUACAUUUGAAGAUAACGGAUUUAGUGUGCGAACAGUAAGUCGAAAAAAUGUAGCAAUUAUUGGAAUGCCAGGUUUCCGGAGAGGGAAACAUUCGUGGAAGAUUAAAUUUGUAGGCUAUCCCGAUGGUUUAAGCAUUGGUAUUUGUAUUGGUCAAAAUGGUCCUGGUAUUGUUGUCACAUACGAUAAAAGACUUACGUAUCUUGGUACAGGAAAUCUACUAGUGAAAUUGGAUUGCGAUGCAAAGAAGGUAUCAGUUUUACCAGAAGGUACCUAUAACCCACCAGAUGUACUUGGCUUUGAGAAUCCUCGGAACUUUGAAGUGCAUCCAUAUUUUUAUCUGCCCCCACCAAACGAUAGUUACAACAAAAUUACUGUUGUAAGUAUUGACGGAGUUACACCUGAGAAUGAUGAGGCAUGUUGUAUACUAUAA